AUGUCAAAAAGUUGUGUUUGUUGUUCAAUUGCAAAAGGAAAAUGCCAAUUAAGUGGAAAUAUUUUUGAUCAAAAUCAAGCGGCUUUUCAAGACACCGUGAAGAAGUCAACAACAGUUUUUAUGAGCCUCGUAUCAGGCAACACCACCGGCACCAAUAUUGAAAUGAAAAGGAAUAUUAAUAAUUUUAAUCAUAAUCAAACUGGUUUCAUCUCUGUUGGAUUUCUUGUCGUGAAAUGUAAAGAAAAAGGCGAUACAUUUUCCCAACCGAUAAGGUUGGAGAUUGGUUGA